AUGAGCGUAAUGCCCAUGAGGGCAUCACGAUACGUAUCGUACCACGGGCACGCCAAAAGCCGCGUCCGUAGAUAUGCGACGCCGCACGAGGUUGGCCCUGCGGCUAAGUGUCUUGGGGCCCACGUACUAUUCGUGCGACACGACAAGGACCCAGCCGCCCGGGUCCAGGCCGGUGAACACGGGCCAGCACUCCAGCGCCUCUGGGUCGCCGGUGUCAGCCGCCGCCUGAGAGGGCGACGGAGACGAGACGUCGCCGUGUUCUCGGUCGGGAUCGGAGUGACGGCCGCGCCGGGGAACAGGUCAUCCGCGGUGGAGACGGGUGCAGUACCGGAGGAAACCCGAGACGAGACGCUCCGGCCCCAGGAGGCCAUCGCCCAGGAAGAGGUGGAGGGGCAGGAACCGGGGCGCGUGGCCGACCUCUUGGCCCACCGAGCCCAUGAGGUCCGUGAGCUGCCGGCGGACGAACAUGUGCUGUACGGGGGAUGCUUGGAUCAGGUGUUUGGAAGCCAACCUGUCACCGCGCGCGUCAACGAGCCAGGGCUUCCGGCGGAGCGGUGCCGAGAAGGGCCCCGUGAGCUUGACGUCUUUGCAUGGCAGGAGCUUCGGCGCGAAGGUGGACGAGCAGAUUUCGGCAAAAACCCGCGAGGAGAGCUUGUCGUCGGAUCUGCCAGGAUGCGCUAG